GCCGGAUAGAAUUUUAUUUACUUUUGUUAGAAAUUUAGUACUCAAAUCUUCGAAGCCUUGUUCUAGUACUCACCUUUAUUACUGAAAUAUAACAAUAAAUUCACUAUUGGACCUUGAAAAAUGUCAGCAACCAAGAAGAACAAGAAAUCAUCAACUAAAAAGAAAAUCUUGAAAAGAGAAUCCAUUGUUGCAAAAUUCUUUGAAAAUAAUCUAGGAAGAAUAUGUCUUAUCAUUGCAAUAUUCGAUCUCGCCCAUGCGCUCUUCUUCGUACUUCAAGCGACUAUUUCAUUGGUUACAAGCUUCAACUUAUAUACAUCAUUGGCGCUCUUGGGAACUAUAUUCUGGGUGCUAAUCGUCAUACUGCUGAUUGUGGGGCUUAGUAAGCGUCGACCCGUCUUGGUUAAAGCCUGGCUUAUUUUCUCUAUAGCUGGUUUCAUUGCGGAUACUCUCUUCCUAAUUUGGGGAAUUGUUUCCUCAGUGUCCAUAGACUGGGAUCAUUUAAGGGAGUUUUCUAUUAUUUUUAUUGGAAUAUUUAUCGAGAGUUUGUGCAUAUAUCUUGUCUAUAGAUAUUACUUGGUUAUGGAUCCCUGUCGUAUAGUUUAUGAACCGGAAAAAGGAUCAAAAAGGCAGAGAAAGAAAUAUCUGAAUGCAAAGGAAUGCCGAGAGAGCCAGAGGUCAGCCAGAAAGAGCAGCAAGAAGUCGGAGAAGUCAAAGAAAAAUAAACCAGUGAAGAAGAAAAAAUAAACUUUUCAUAAUUUAUAGGGUCAUAGUUGUUUAUAAA